CAUUCAUUGUAAAACAGUAUUGCCUUAACAUCAUCCGCCCAAACCUCUGUGCGACUUCUCUAAAGCCCUAACCAAGUAAAUGGCGGCGGAGAUGGCGGAGAAUGCGACGGUUCGGUUAGGGAGCAGGACCGGUACCUACCAAUAGCUAAUAUAAGCAGGAUCAUGAAGAGGGCUUUGCUUCCCAACGGAAAGAUCGGGAAAAUGCUAAAGACACUGUCCAAGAAUGCGUCUCUGAGUUCAUCAGCGAGGCCAGUGAUAAGUGUCAGAAAGAGAAAAGGAAAACUGUGAAUGGUGAGGAUUUGUUGUGGGCAAUGAGAACGUUAGGAUUUGAGGAUUACUUGGAACCCUUAAAGCUAUAUACCUUGCGAGGUACAGGGAGUUGGAGGGCUCAGGAAAGAGCGAGGGUAGUAACAAUAGAGAUGCAGCUGGGGGUGUUUCCCGUGAAGAGUUGCCGAGCUGGUGAGGCGAGAAGUUUCAGGUGAACUCUUUAGAGAUAAAGAACAACAUCAAAAUGAUCAAGGGAUAUUAGAGAUCAGUGUGUUGUCUUUCGAUUUGAGCUGGUCGACUACUUUUAUUUAGAGAUUAUAUUUCAGUUUCCAAUUUCUGUUCUUCAAAAAAUCAAGAAUCUCAAAAGCAUAAUGGAUUCUCAAGAAGCAGCAAGAGAAAAAGUUGAUUUUGCGCAGCCAGUAAGAGAUAAAGAGAGUGAAUGGAAUCAUCGGAGAAGCUUGGCAUGGGACUCAGCCUUCUUCACUACCCCUGGAGUAUUGGAUCAUGAAGAGUUGUUUGGGAGCUUAAAACUUGGUGAGAAUGAGAUUGACGUAAAUCAGAAGAAGGACUCCAUCAAGAAGACACUUCUUCCAUUUGUUUCUUCUGACAUCGCUACUCGUCCAAGUUUUGUAUGGGACAAUGCUUUUUUAACCGAGCCAGGUGUUCUUGACGCUGAGGAAUUGUCGCUAUUGAACAAUGGUUUCAUUAGUAACACACAGCCUCGUAACUCUGCUGAUUCCAUGACUACAACAACUGAAGGAAGCAGAUUCUCUGUCUCGAGCAUUGAGCUUGAUCUGUUUAACGACCUGAGAGCCUCGAGUAAUGUGAAGGAGACGAGAGCUCAAGAGAUCCAACGCAAGUUACCAGAUGGUAACAAGAGGACUAAAUGGUAUAAACUGAAAAGUCAACGAUUGAGUCUCAUUCCUCAACCAAAAGCGUAUACUCCUCCUUCAUCGUCAUUGUCAUCUUCAGUCUCCGAAUCUUUUACUCCUCGUCAAGCUAAACCCGAGAAGAAAGUUGUUGCAAGUGAACUUGGGAAUAAGGGAUCAAAAUCUAUCAUACGAUCAUCUUAUUCUGGAUAUAAAGGGAAGGAUUUGACAUCAUCAUCCUCUGGUCUGAGGUUACCCUUGCCAAAGAUGGGUUUCUUCGACUCGGAGAAUGACGGAGACAAAGAAAACAUAGAACCAAAUGCUUCUGCAAACAGAAGAAGACACAAGUCGAAACUCGGGACGCUUUAUCCACAAGAAACCCCUAACGUUUUGGGCCAACGCAAGACUCGAAAGUGAAACGGGCAAAAACGACUAUAUUUGACUAUUGAAUCAAUGUUUCUUGUUGGAUAAGUCGGCUGCUUUUUUUCUUUGGAAUUUUUUUUUUAUUCACUGCAUAGGUAUAAGUUGUUGAUGAAUGGUAAUGAAUAUCUUAAUUUAUCUUAUGAUAUUUUCUCAGUGUUGUAUUACAUUGGGCAGUGGAGGCACAUCAAGGCU